UAGGACACACUGCGUAGGACACACCUAACGGAGAUGCCGAGAGUUGGUGAAGUUGAAUUCAUCGCUGAGCUAUAUAGGUUUCUUGAAGUCCGGACACGCGCCGGCUGAAGACUUUAGCACUUCCUGCCGCCUUGCUUUGGGGGCCGACCUGGUGGGCUUUGCAAGAAACAGUUGGUCUUGGAAUUGAAGCGCAGACAUGUUUGAACAAAUGCCAUAAAAAGGAAUACACGUCAGUCUUUUCGUAGAUAUAUAGCGAGAACUACUGGGGUUCUUACUUGAAGUGUAGGAAGAGGUGAAUGUGUGCGCGUUGGAGCCUGGGUGCUGGCGCUGCAGGGUGUCCUCUGCAAGACCUCUAUGGCCGUGGGCUUUGGAGCUUUGGAUGCUGGUGCCGCUGCAGGGUGGGGGUGGGUGUUGGUGCCAGAUGCAUUUGGCAGAGUGCUCAUCCCACUGUAGGGUCUUUUGGCAGGGUGUUGGUGCCACUGCAGGCUGCUGUUAGAUCUCUGUGGCAGUGUGCUCUUUGGAGGCUGGGUGCUGGUGCCGCUGGGUGCUGGUGCCGCUGCGGGAUGUUGAUGGCAGUGUCCAUUUUUGGAAGCUGGCUGCUGGUACUGCUGCAGGGCGCUGCCCACAACUAUGUUGUGCUAUUUGGGGUCUAUUCUGGCAUAAUCGCUGAAAGACCUGAGGCCUUUUUCUUUGCCAGAAGGAUGGGCUGGCCAGAAACCCCUCAAACCUUUUUGCCAUCCGAUGCCAUCAGAUGUGUAUUUUUCUUCCUUUUGUAUGUUGAGCUUGAAUAGGAGGAGGUUGCGUGCUUCGCAGAAUCUUGGACGUGCAGCAGUCAUUUCCAAUCUACAUAAGUGUGACGCUGCUGUUUUGCCACAUACCUGUGUGUACACAGCCCCUUUUCGUAGGCAGAGCGGCGCGCAGAGGGAGGCCUGUUCACAGAAUCGGCCUUCGCUGAGUUAACGAGUUUCGACGUGUAGUUUUCGAAAUCGGUACUUGCUGGCUGCUGCACUUGGCACUUGCCAACCCCUGAUGGAGAGCGGUUUCUGCCUGUCCUGUGUCAUGAGCUGCGACCUAGCAUUCAUUGCCUUCUGAAGAUUUACAUUGCUGAUUGCACCGCUUGUUGGUUCCUUGUUUGUUUCAUUCUUGUUUGUGCAGCUGAUUGGACUUUGCUCAAGAUCACAUCUGAAUCUGCGGGUUCACCUUUCACUCUGAUGGUUGAGGUGGCUGAGGUGGAAGAAUACGAGAAAGGGUACGGGUCAGGACCGCAUGGGACCAGAGAGGUGAACUUCUGUUCAGUCCGAUUCAACCCGGUGGUAUCCUUCCUCUCUGCUGUUUGCCUGUGGGGCUUUGUCAUCUACUGUGUGACGGACGAUGAAUCGAAUGAUGUCUUCGGCGAGUGGAAGACAUGGGUAACAAACACUUUCACAUGGCUCUACAUUGGCUCUCAGGACUACUGGAUGCUGUAUCUCUUUCCGCUUGUCUACUACUAUGGUGAUAUGAAGCUUGGAAAGGAUGACGAGGAGCCAGAGUACAGUGAUUUGACAUACUUGGCCAUGGUUUGGUGUGCUGGAGUGGCCAUUGGACUCAUUUUCUACGGAGCAUCUGAGCCUUUGUUUCAUGCAGCUGAUGCAACCAAUCGCCAUAACAAUGAUGGGUACUCCAACGACAACCAGAAGGCAUUGUAUGGGUUGCACCUCACAAUGUUCCACUGGGGUUUCAUGGCGUGGAUUGUGUACUGCUUGACAGCUCUCACUAUGGGCUUUUUGGCGUACAGGAGGGGGUUGCCCCUUUGUUUCCGUACCACACUUGCUCCUGUGCUGGGAAAGGCAACUUGGGGUUGGAUUGGUGAUCUGCUGGACAUUGUAACGAUCGUCACCAUUGUGGCCGGAUUGACAACUUCCCUUGGUCUGGGAGCUCGACAGAUUGUUUCCGGCUGCCAACGUUUGGGCUGGCUGAGUGGAACCUUGACUGAUAGCGAGCUCACAAAUGCAGCAUGCUGGAUCAUUGGAAUCAUCACUCUGUGCGCCACUGCAUCUGUUGUGGCAGGUUUGGAGUUCGGAAUCAAGUCUGUUUCGUACGUAGCAUUUAUGCUUGGAAACUUCUUGAUCUUGGUGGUCUUCUGCCUUGAUGAGCCUUGGUAUAUCCUGAAUGUCUUCGUGGCCACGAUCGGAUUCCACCUACAAAACUUUUUGGAGACAGCCUUUGACACAGAUGCCUUUGCCCAGUUGGGUGUCGGAAAUGGCCAGCCGAAUGACGGAAAGGGCGCAAAUCCUGCCUGGAUGGAUUGGUGGACCAUCUUCUACUGGGGUUGGUGGAUUGCUUGGGCACCAUUUGUGGGAACUUUCAUGGCCCGUGUCUCCCGUGGUCGCACGAUCCGUCAGGUUGUUUUGUACACACUCACCAUUCCUUGUGGCUAUGCUUUCAUUUGGUUUUGCACCUUCGGGGCAGCUGCCAUUCGCAUGGAUCGACGCGCAACAUGGUUGGCUGAACUUGGAAGCGAGCUUCACAACAACAGGGACUACUUCUUGCACACUGACCUCACCUUCCGUCCAGCCAGUGCUGGCAAAUGCUAUGAUGUGCCUGCAAGUCUUCCGAGCAUCACAGGAUAUGAAGUGAAUCCAUAUGUGAGCCCCGUCUGCAACUUUGCCAGUGGUGACAGCAAUGGCUACUGGUUUGACCUGAUGAGUCAGUACUACGGCAUGGGUCAAUUCCUGACUUUCGUGUCCAUUGUGACGACGGUGUUGUACUUCAUCACUUCAUCUGACAGUGGCUCCCUUGUCGUGGAUUUGAUUGCUGCGAACGGUCGGGAGGCGCAUGUGGUGCAGCGAGUAUUCUGGGCCUUGACAGAGGGUGCUGUGGCAAUUGCAACGGUUGCAUCGGGAGGUUUUUCCUCUCUGACCGGGCUGCAGGCAGUUUCCAUCGUGAUGGGCUUGCCUUUCACAUUCAUCCUCAUGGUCAUGUGCACGUCAUUGUGGCGUGCACUCAAGCUUGAAGCGGGAGACAUGCCACCAAUCAACCGGCGAACAGAUUGGGCUUUGCCUUUGUACGGUGGGGUCGUUGAUUUCCCGGAGUUUCUUCUGACCUGUGGACGAUGUCCUAUGCCCUCCAAGAAAAGCAUUUGUGCUUUCUUCACUGCCCUACUCUUUCCGGGGUAUGCUCUCUUCAAGGCACUGAACGGUCUAGCAUCCCAUGAGCAGAAACCAAUGCCCAUGGUGGUGAGAAUGAUCUUGGCUAAGAUGACCCAGCUGCUCUUUACCGCUUUCGUUGCCCUCCACAUUGCUGCCGCCGUAUAUGAGGGAGAGCAGCUGCGCAUCGAGGGACGUGGACUGUGGUCUUUCGGUUGGAUUUGCUACAUUUCCAUGGCUGGAUUUGUGGCUUUGGGCCGCCAUCAGAUUCGACGUCUCUACUCCAUUGAAGGCUCUGGCAUGGAGGAUUUCUGGGCUGCCCUGCUGCUCUACCCACAAGCCCUUGCCCAGAUCAUGUUGCAGAUUGAACAGACGCCUGUUCCUCAAGACUACAAGAAGCCUGACAAGGGUCGCCAAGAUGAGUCGGAGAUGAGGGGUAUCGCAUCGAUCUGAAAGGGUGCUCGCAUCUUCAGGGACAUCGGGUAUGUGAUGCAUAUGGCAAUGUGAGUUUGGUGGGAAUGCAAGAGCACUUGAAACAGCAGACGAUAGAAUUUUGUCCAUGACGUUUUAAAUGACGCAGGGCACUGACUGUACAGACUAGUGUUUAGUGCCCGUUUUGUGUCUAUCAGUUUGGACGUAGCAUUAAUUAGCAACAAUCUCAGAGCAGGUCCAUUUCUUCGUCUAAACAGGUUUAUGAAGUGACAAACUGCAGAGGACACUGGCAACGUAGUGCAGCUGAAGUCGUCUGCGCUCAGUCUGCAAGAGACUUGCAGCGACUUGCAAUCCUGAUUUGGCCUCACAGGGCCUUAAUGAAGCACUUCAGAAAGUGAGAAGACUGUGAAGUGAACAUUUGCAGGUGUAAAGUUUGUAAAGCCAAAGUGCCAAGUGCCAGAAGAGUGUCAAAGACGGCGAGUCUUGUCAUUCCAAAA